UUACUGUAACUCCUCUCGGUUAAUGUUGCCAAUUAGUAUUUGACCUUUUGACUACUUGCAUGAACACCUACUCGUUAUUUUGAAAAUAUUUUAGAGCAAUUACCUCUGCUCACGAAAGAGUGAUGGCCAACUCGCGGAGACCGAAAGACACUGAGCUAUAUCAACAGAAUUUGCAUGCUUGGCAACCCAUAUACACACCUGCUUCAGCCGCUUUCAUCUUAGUUAUCGCUGGUGUGAUUUUUUUAUUUAUUGGAGUUGGCGUGUUAACUGCUUCGCGUAAAAUAUGGAAUUUUGAAACUGAUUAUACUCACUGUGUUGCCCAAAGUGUUCUAGUAAAUAAGGAAAGGAAGGAUGUUACUUCUUGGAAUAAAAGUUGUGCGGAUCUUUUAUACAAAUCUUAUCAAAAUGCCUCUUCUUUACGUUGCCAGUGCAUCGACGAAUUUACUAUAACAGCGGACACUCCCGAACCUGUCUUUUUUUACUACGGCUUUCGAGGCUAUUAUCAGAAUUAUCGCCAGUAUGUACGAUCUCGUGAUGAUAAGCAACUUCUUGGCAGAGGCCUCAACCACGAGACCCCUUGCGGUUCAUUGGCUAUUGAUAACACGGAUCGUGAAAUUGCCCCCUGCGGACUCAUUGCCGAAUCUCUUUUUAACGAUUCUUUUACGCUGGUGAAGAGCGCGGCCUUAGCGGAUGAACACAUAAGAAUGGACGGCGAAGGGAUCGCGUGGAGCACAGACGUGCGCGAUAAGUUUAGGAAUCCUCCCGGUGACUUGAAGGAGGCCUUUAAGAAUACAGCGGCGCCCGGAAGCUGGCCAGACUACGACGUGACGUCCAUUGGCGGAGGUGGGAAUAAGCAAGGCUAUGAAAACGAAGACCUCAUCGUCUGGAUGAGGACAAUGGCUACCCCGGAUUGGCGAAAGCUGCAUCGCAUUCUUCAUGCUCCACUGAAGGGCGGUAACUAUAAACUGACCAUCGAAUACAACUACCCCUCCACCAUUUUCGAGGGCCGAAAAUUUUAUUUCUUCACGACAACAACCUACUUUGGGGGAGGGAACGCAACUUUGAGCACGUACUUUUUUAUAACGGGCGUAGUUUAUAUUGUGUUGGGGUUCCUCCUCAUAGCAUGCCAUGCGCGCUAUCCCAGGAAACUGGGAGACCCCAAACUUCUUCGCUUUUCUUAUACCUCUAACCAAUAAAUGAAAACCCUUCUU